AUGGGGACCUAUCAAUCCUCUCCAGGCAGCACGUUCUGUGCCGACGCGGACGUUGAAGUCACCAAGGACAAUCAACUUAUCCAUCUUCGGCACAGACGCCACGAGGGCGGGCAGGUCCUCAUAGAAUUUGUUCCUUGCAGCGUCGAAACUGGUCAUCGAGGGAACGUAGACACUGACGAUGAUGGUGAAUUUGCCUUCCCGGAGAGGCAGGUGGAGGCUCAUCAGGCGAUCGUUGAUACCCCGUGGCAGACAGGGCAGUUGUCCUACGAUGUCAUUCCGGAUGUCGAAGGCGACACCCGCGUCCCGUCGCUCUGCCCUGGGGCGACCGUUCUAGAGAAGACUGUAGUCGGCACCAACCUCCUCCUGUUGGCCUUGUUCGGAGAAGCGGGUCUAGCUGGGUGCGGCGAUGUCCACCUUUCAGCGCGCCAGUUCCCGAGCCAAUAGCGCCGUCCUCCGUUCCGGUCGGUUCCUCCUUAGAUUGUCUAAAGGGGAGCUCAUAUUGCAGGCUGCCAGGGUGAGUGGACCCACCCUACCAGUCUGGCGAUUGGGGCGGCGGGAUGGGUAAGAGAGAGUAUGUUGUUUCGAUUUUGGUUGUUUCGACCGUUUCGACCUAGUUCCACAGCGAUCCUUAGCGCAUCUUUUCCUGCCCCUCCCCCUGUGGACAAGCAGUUCCUCCCUAAAUAGGGCUGCCCGGUUGUGCCGGCGCGGCCGAACUUCACUUUGGGCCAAGAAUUUUGUUUAGUGAAAGAACGACCCGUGUUAUUCUGGGGCUGCCUACGACACUAGCGUAGGACUUGAAGGGAGGUGGCGUUGGGAGUGCCUAUACUGCCAAAGACAAGAGCCGACCAAUCAAUGGAGGCCAUGUGCGUUUUCUCUUCCGCGUUGUCAGUAUAAUCGUGGUGCCUCUCUAUUGGCUGCUCUCCUCGAGCCUGAUCGAUCUGUGCAUUGGAAUUAUCGACCAGCUGGUUUAGAAUUUUCUUCCCGAAGUGCAUUGGGCCGAAUGCAGGCGAACGACAGUAGGGUGUUAUAAAUACGCCUUACUUCCAGUUAGUCUUGACUUGCAGUUCCUAAUACACUUUUUUGACCGAUCGUGUUCUCCUCUGCCGCAGUAGUAUUUGGGAAAAGAGUCGGGUACGCAUACGCUCCACGCGAUUUCAAGUACCAGGUCGAGCCAUAACAGGUGGGGAGGGUGAAUAAGGGAAGGGUAGAGGGACGGGAAGCAGAGCUUUUCUAAACUAUUUUGCUGCCGAAACAUAAACGGUGAACAGACUAAUUCAACAGAACGACAUUUGGCUUUCAAUAAGGACAGAUACAUACAAGCAGACAGCAAGCAAGCAUACAGGAACAAGCGAAAGCAAAGGCAGCAAGGCGAAGUUCGCUUACCUGGGGACUCAUUUACCUUGUGGCCUAAUACGGUGUUUCAGAUGGGACCUCAUCACGGAGAUGGCAAUGCCGGCCAGCGGGGCCAAAAGCUUACGACAUCGCCGCAAGCUCGCGGCCCCCUGCGGUGCACCAGACGGAACCUCGUCUCAACGGAAUUCGCGCUACCGUGUGCGCGGGCACAUCGCGCACUCGGGUAUCCUAGCCUGGUUUAGCCCACCGGUCGAGGAGGUUGCCGGGGUGUGGCCGCUGGGCAGAGCCCAGCUUCGGGAAGCCACAUGUGAGAGUUAUGUGCCAGUGAAUGGACGAUUGGCGCAGUCUGCAUCUACAAGCAAGCGAGCGACCUACUACUACUGGGCUAUAUGCGCUCCUAUGUAAGUCUUCGAUAAAACCUCACUUCAGAGCCUAUAAUCAGGCCUUUCCUCACCCGCAUUCACACGUCGUUAAGUCGCAUACGAACUCCCUCCACUCAUUACCUAGACAUUCUGUUUAUCUCUGACAUUCAGCACCCUCAAUCUUCAGUCAUGUUUUCGUGAUCGGACCUAUAGCGCACAACGAAGUUGCCUUUCUAGUCUUUUGAACUAAGUAGGGGCGUUGUCGGCGUCGCAUGACUGAUAGAGUUUCGGUGUGUUUUUGAAAGUAGUUGUCAAAGUCUUCGAAAACCCUAUUUUUCCAUGUCCAUGUGUUAAAGACAGUGUAGCUGUCUACAACUAAAACUCAUGUUGAGUAUGCUUAACUGUUAAGCAACUUCCACAAUCACGACACCCGACCUCUGCCACCCUGUCAAUCCAUAUUCCUGACGUCGUUCCACCAAGAUUCACCUACUCAGCAUCUACUUUCCUGGGUUUCGCUGCCCUGUCUCGUUUAUUGCCAUUACGCAAGUUCAGUGACUAAUGCUAAUUCCUGUUAUUGUGUUGCACUGGACGCCUAAAUCAAGCUGCAUACGUUAUUCGGCCAACCGACCCUCGUGUUCGAUCUGCAUGAUAUAUGGAACUCCCCUCCCCCCCCCUCCCGCUUGCUUUAUAGGUACUCGAAAGCGGACAAAAAGUCGUGAGAGCUUUAGAACUUUUGAUAAUUAAGUAGCCAACGUACAUUACCGCCGGCAUUAUUUGAGAGCCCAGCGCGAUCUUAGAUUUACCGCAUAAAACCGUUUUCAGUAGUCGGAAAAACGUUUACCACCCUAUGCGCUAAGAAUGCUUCGUUAAUCAACGCACGGCUUGCGAUAUCGAAAUAUCAGUGGCAUUUUAGAUUCAAAGCCUUGUGGGUCGAAAGUAGACCAGCAAACUACUUGUGUCAAUGUUUUUUAUUUAAGAAAACAUAUCCAGACUUUCAGGUCUCUGAAAUAAUGCUGAUUUUUUUCAUUACCAUCACGCAGGCAGUAUUUUUGAAGGCCAUUACCCUUCUUGGUGCUAACCAACAGUGCCUUCCAUCCGUGAACGUACUAUUUGUUUGUGAAUUUCUAUUCCAUUUACGUCUACAUUUCUCAAGAAUUUUCUCGAUAUUUUACCAUCUCUGUCUUAAUUAUUAUGUCCCACUCCGAUCAACAACUUGAUGCCCCCGCCAAGUCCCCUCAUGCCGUCAAUUUUAACUUGCCCCAAUUCUGGCAACACGCUCCAGAGCUUUAUUUCAUCCGCAUCGAAUCAGCAUUUUAUUCUGUUAGCGCUACCAAGGAGUUGGCGAAAUACCACAAACUUGUGGGGAUUCUUCCCGCUAGUGUUAUCUCUCAAGUUCAUUCCUUACUAUCUAAUCCUCCUGCUGAUUCUUCCUAUUCCACGUUAAAGGCAGAAAUUCUUCGACUUAAUUCUGUGUCCGACCGACAGUGGUAUCGCCAGUUAAUUAUGUAAGGAGGAGUAAUUGGGUGACCGGAAACCCUCAGAACUUCUACGUCGAAAGCGUUCUCUCCUCGGAGACAUGCAGGUUGACGAUAAAUUCGUCAAGGGGAUGUUUCUAGAGCGUCUGCCUGCAGAUGCCCAAAUGAUCCUGGCGUCCGGUUCUCAAUAUCUCACGGUCUCACAGCUGGAUGCGAUGGCGGAUAGAAUGAUAUAGGCGCAGUGGUUCCAGUCGCCUUCCGUCGUUUAGAUCUCUACAUCCUCAUCGCCAGUAAUUGAGCAGUUAGUGCAGCAGGUGUCGGCCAUGGCGGAUGAUAUGGCCUCCCUUAAACUACAGCUCGCGCACCUUACUUCCAGUCGCCCACGCAGCCGUCGUCGUUCUCAUUCGCGACCUCGGACUGCCGAUACUUGUUGGUGUCACACUAAUUUCGGCGUAAAGGCCCGUCGCUGUCCCUCACCCUGCUUUUUUAAGCCGAAACAGGAAAACCAGCCAGCCAGAGAAUAGAUGCGGCCGUUUUCUCUGGCUCUUCCGGCUCUGGUCGCCCCUUCUAUUUUUGUGUCACUGCGACUCACAGACGUUUCCUGGUGGACACUGGAGCCCAAAUCAGUGUUGUUCCCCAACUGCAGCUGAUCGUCGUUUCCCUAGCCCUGGUCUUCACCUCCAAGCUGCCAAAUGUUCUCCCAUUCCCACUUUUGGCAGUCUGUCCAUCACCCUAAACAUUGGCCUUCGUCGGUCGUUCACCUGGAUCUUUGUGAUUGCUGAUGUCCUUCAUGCAAUCCUCAGCUCGGACUUUCUUGCCGAGUUCGAUCUCUUUGUUGACUGUCGACGUGCCCGUCUCCUCGACCGCACAACCGGUCUGUCUGUCCGUGGACUAACUCCCUUUACUGCCCCCACCAACUUAUCUGUCCUGAAUACAGACAUUUUUAGCCCUUUUCGGGCAUUGCAUCUUAGACACGCAAACAUAAUCAGCCCCCAGUUUCGCAGUGGUUAG